CCGCAACCGCCAUCAUCAUCGAUUCCACCAUCAUCAUAUGAUUUUGGACAAUUUAAUUAUUCAUCGGAUUUUGAUUCAUCAUCGAUGGCUCAAUCGAAUCAAUAUUUUAAUCCAGCAAUGAAUCAAACAACAACAACAACAACAACAUUUACACCAAAUUAUGAUUAUAAUAUUGGUACAGGUGGUACGGAUAAACUUGCUGAUCCUUAUGCUGAUGAACCACCAUUAUUAGAAGAAUUGGGUAUAAAUUUCGAACAUAUCGUACAGAAAACAUUGGCCGUUUUGAAUCCGUUCAUACAAACUGAUCCAUCAAUUCUGAUGGAUGCUGAUUUAGCUGGUCCACUUGUUUUUGGUCUUUUAUUCGGUAGUUUUCUUUUGUUAAGUGGAAAAAUUCAUUUCAGUUAUAUUUAUGGUUUUGGUGUUUUUGGUUGUAUAUUAAUCUAUUCAUUAUUAAUGUUAAUGUCACCACCAAAUAUAACAAUAACAGCUGUUUGUACUGUUUCCAUACUUGGAUAUUGUCUUUUACCAAUGGUAUUUCUUUCUGCAUUAUCAAUAUUUUUCGGUCUGCAAACAUUACUGGGUAAUAUUAUUACCGGUACGGUUAUACUUUGGUGUUCAUUAUCGGCAUCAAAAUUAUUUGUCACUGCUUUGGCAAUGACAAAUCAACAGGCAUUAGUUGCAUAUCCAUGCAUACUAUUUUAUGGUGUUUUUGCAUUGUUAACACUUUUUUAAACAACAAAAUGUUUGUAAAUAAAAUUUAAAA